AUGUUCCAGAGAUACAGGAAAGUGGAUUCCCACAGAAAAAAUGUGUUGUUUGGAGUUAAUCAGAAAGGUCAAGAAAUAAUCUUCAGAAAGUCUAAUGAAAUGCCAUUUGAAAAGAAGCAUGCUUCUAAUGUCCCUGAGAACAACCUCAAGAGUGAGGAAAUUCUCAGUCAGUUGAACAAGAUCCACAUUUGUCAGCAGUCCUUUGAACACAAUGGGAAAGAGAAAACGUUCAGCAGGAAGAAGAUAGUCCUUAUGUGUGAGCAAGUUUACACCAAAGAGCCAUGUAAUCAGAAACCUGCCGAGAAUCAGUAUCAACGCAAUGAGCAUGGAAAAGCCUUUCACCAGCAAUUAUCGCUAAUUGGUCAACAGAAACUCCACACAAGGAAAAAAUCUUGUGAAUGCAGUGAGUGUGGAAAAGCUUUUCCGUAUAAGUCAAGCUUAGUGAUACAUCAGAGGGUCCACACUAAGGAAAAACCUUAUGAAUGUAGCCAGUGUGGAAAAGCUUUUUCUCAGAAGUCAAGCAUUAUAGCACAUCAGAGAAUCCACACUGGGGAGAAACCUUAUGAAUGUAGCCAGUGUGGAAAAGCUUUUAUUCGUAAGUCACACCUCAUUACUCAUCAGAGAAUCCACACUGGGGAGAAACCUUAUGCAUGUAGUGUGUGCCUUAAAGCCUUUACUGAUCAGUCAGGUUUCCUUCAGCAUCAGAGAAUGCACACUGGGGAAAAACCUUAUAAAUGCAGUGAGUGUGGAAAAGCUUUUCUUCAUAAGUCAAGCAUUAGAGCACAUCAGAGGGUCCACACCAGGGGAAAACCUUAUGAAUGUAGUGAGUGCGGAAAAGCUUUUUCUCAUAAGCCAAGCUUAGUGAUACAUCAGAGGGACCACACUAAGGAAAAACCUUAUGAAUGUAGCCAGUGUGGAAAAGCUUUUUCUCAUAAGUCAAGCAUUAUAGCACAUCAGAGAAUCCACACUGGGGAGAAACCUUAUGAAUGUAGCCAGUGUGGAAAAGCUUUUAUUCGUAAGUCACACCUCAUUACUCAUCAGAGAAUCCACACUGGGGAGAAACCUUAUGCAUGUAGUGUGUGCCUUAAAGCCUUUACUGAUCAGUCAGGUUUCCUUCAGCAUCAGAGAAUGCACACUGGGGAAAAACCUUAUGAAUGCAGUGAGCGUGGAAAAGCUUUUCUUCAUAAGUCAAGCAUUAGAGCAAAUCAGAGGGUCCACACCGGGGGAAAACCUCAUGAAUGCAGUGAGUGCGGAAAAGCUUUUCCUUGGAAGUCAAAAUUAGUGAUACAUCAGAGGGUCCACACUAAGGAAAAACCUUAUGAAUGUAGCCAGUGUGGAAAAGCUUUUUCUCAUAAGUCAAGCAUUAUAGCACAUCAGAGAAUCCACACUGGGGAGAAACCUUAUGAAUGUAGCCAGUGUGGAAAAGCUUUUAUUCGUAAGUCACACCUCAUUACUCAUCAGAGAAUCCACACUGGGGAGAAACCUUAUGAAUGUAGUGUGUGCCUUAAAGCCUUUACUGAUCAGUCAGGUUUCCUUCAGCAUCAGAGAAUGCACACUGGGGAAAAACCUUAUAAAUGCAGUGAGUGUGGAAAAGCUUUUCCUUGGAAGUCACACCUCAUUAGACAUCAGAGAACCCACAUUGGGGAAAAGCCUUUUGAAUGUAGUUAG